AAAGUCAGUUUCAGACUCGCGCUGGACCGUGAAACGUGAUUCCGAGGCGAGUGAUCUCCCGUGAUCGUGAUUUUAAUCGUUAGCCAGGAUGUGAGGAGAGAUCCUCAUUAAUCCGCCACGCUACGCGGCUCAUAUUAUUGUUUUUUUUUCAUUCUAAUCAGAGCUUUCUCAAAAUUUACAAUAAUUUUCUAUUCUCAAAUUUUUGCCAAGCGAUUUUUUUAAAAAACUUUUUUAACUUCGGUGGCAUUUUUUUAAUAUUCUGCGAUAAAAAAAUAAAUCUUCUGGGAUCGUCCUAACGACGAGUGACAAUCAAGGAUCAAAUCUUUUGGAUAUAAAUCGCGAGUGAUGUAAAGUGUCAAAAACGUGGACCAGUCAAGAAAAAAAAGUUGAAUCGUCGAUUUCACAUCAUUAAAUUAACAAAAAGUUUAUUUCGAUUGAUGGUGGGAUUUUUUUUUUUUUAUAUAAACGACGACGAUAAUGAAAUUUCACGUCAUAGGGAAUAAAUAAUAAUAAUAAUAAUAAUAAGCGUGUCGAAAAAGAAGUGCUCAUUAGUGUAGAAUGAUCGAGGAUCGCACGUCGAUACGAAUAACGAUUAUCUCGUAAAUUCGAGACUCUGGCAGUGACAUAAGCGUGACGAGGUGUAACGAUCCGAACUUGGAGUUACGUUCUGAUCUCUCUCUCUCUCUCUUUCUUUCGAGCAAGACUCGAUCAAAUUAAUGCCUUGGAUGAUCAAUAUACGGAUGCAUAAAGAAUAUUAAAGAUCUAUCACUUCAAGUGUAGAAUAUUAAAAUUCGAAAGUAUAAAUUAAAAUUCGAAAGUUAAUGUAAGAAGGUGAAAUUUAAUGUUUCAAGCACAAAAAUAUUAUAGGAAAACUUGAAAAUAAGAAAACUUUUUCCCUAAAAGGAUGUGAAAAAUUUUCCAUGAGAAUCAAAUUUUUUGGCACAAUUGAAUAAAUAUUGAAAAUGAAUUGAUGUAGAGAUUAUAAGAAAAUAAUAAUAAGAAGAAUAAGAUAAGAAAUUUAAAAAUUUAUGCAAUAGGGAAAGUAUAUAGUGUUUUGAAGAAAUUGUUAUAAAGAUGAUUUAUCAGUCGAGUCACCAAGCACCGACAAUGUCGUCGUCACGUAAAACUUCUCCACGACCACAACAUAAGAAUUUGCAAACUGCAGCGCCCAAGACUUCCUCAUCAAAGGGAAAGCGUGGGACUUGUCGAUCGACAGGAACUGAACGAUGCAGAGGAAGAUGCAGGGUCCAAUGGAGUGAGCAACAUGUUAAAGAGGGACUUGUUUUAGUUCAGGAAGCACAGCUUGCCAGAGUCGUGAAAACAGGACCAAUUUCUGAGCACUAUGAAAUCGAUCCAAAACCAUUCGCAAGCGGUCAGUGGGCGAAGGUAUUUAAAUGCAGAGCGCGAUCAUCUGGAAUUUUAUAUGCAGCCAAAUAUUCGUCUAGGAACAGAUUUAAUGCAGAUUGUAGUGCAGAAUUAAGGCAUGAAAUAGCAUUACUAUCAUUAUGUUCACAAUCACCUCGAGUCGUUCGUCUACACGAUGUCUACGAAACACCCAAGGAAAUCAUUUUAGUCAUGGAAUACGCACCUGGCGGAGACCUGCAAACGCUGAUAGACGGUGAUUUGGUGCCCCUCGAAGGUGACGUGGUCCACUUUGUCAGACAGCUAGUGGAAGGACUUGCCUACCUCCACGAAAGAAAUAUCGCCCAUUUGGACAUCAAGCCUCAAAAUCUUGUAAUGAUGGGAAGUUUUCCGGAAUGUGAUGUAAAAUUGUGUGAUUUUGAAAUCUCUAGAGUGGUCCUGGAAGGUACUGAAGUCAGAGAAAUUUUAGGAACACCUGAUUAUGUUGCUCCUGAAAUUUUGCACUAUGAACCAAUAACACUAGCGGCUGAUAUGUGGUCAUUGGGUGUAACGACAUACGUCCUUCUGACGGGUUUCUCACCAUUUGGUGGUGAAACUGAUCAAGAGACAUUUCAAAAUAUUUCCUUGGGUGAAGUUGACUUCCCAGAGGAACUUUUUGAGGACGUUUCCGCCCAGGCAAAGGACUUUGUUGCCAAACUUCUCGUGCUUGAUCCAAGCGCACGAAUGACAUCGAAACAAUGUCUACGUCACGAAUGGCUUAGAGGAGCGCCAACACAAGCAUCACCUCAUUUACGAAGAUAUUUAUCAAAAUCCCGUGAAGUACUUUUAGAACGUGUUGUGAGCCGUGAAAAUUUGAGACGUGCAGCACUUUUGAGUCAAGCUAGCAGCAAUGCAAAUCUCACGGAAAGUGAACAAACAACACAGGGUCUCAAUUGCACUUUAAGUCAAAGUGAAAUGUGUUUGAGUUAUACACGUACGGGAAGUCGUGGUAGUUUACCAGGAAGUGAAGAAUACAUGAUGAGUCCUGCCGAUUCUCAAACAAGUCUCAAUUCAUCGCAAACAAGUCUUGCAAUGAGUCAAAGUUGUCUAUUAAACAAAGAACAAACACAAGGUCUUCUCACUCAAGCACAAAGUAAAUCGCAAGCAAAUUUAAAUCUCGGUGCAACUCGUGGUCUAUUAUCAAGAAUGAGAAGUUUAAAUCAAAUUCAAUCACAAGCAUGUUUAUUAUUGAAUGGAAAUAAAAGCGCUGGUAGUAAAGAAAUUCUAAGUCCACUUUUUGGUCGAUCAAGGGAAAAACUUUAUGGAUUGAAGAGUCUAUCAAAGUCGCAGGGUGUUUUGGAUAUUUAUCGAAGUCUCGAGUGCUUGAGACAAAGAAAAAAAAAUCAACGUGCACAAACGGAAGAUAUGCUUCCUAUAUUUAAACAAUUAAGCGUCGAAAUUGCCGCAUCAAAUGCUUCUUUAGUGACUUCAUGUGACGCUGAUAAUAAUAAUAGAUCACAUUUGACAACGAAAAUUUCCAAUAAACCUCCUUCACCUGGAGUCAAAAGAUCCGAAAGCAAGAUUCCAUGUUCCAUCAAGGCAGAGAGUGGUGAACAUUUUAGAAACGAUGAAUCUGAUAAAAUUGGAAAAAAGCACGUUGAAGAGAUGCAAGAUCCUGUUGGAAAAUCGGAGCUUAAACUACAAGACGUUCUAAAGAGUUCAACAUCAGGAUCAGAGGAGAAUCUCGACUCAUUGCAAUCCAUUGAAUCGGAUACACUCACUGAAGAUUCCGAUGAGACAGCACCUGAUCGUAGUCUAUUGUCAGUAAAACCAUGUCAUAGACAACAUUCCGACAUUUCGAAUCAUUCAAAUAAUUCAGCGAAUUCAGACGAUAAAGACGAACAUUCCGAAUCAGAAAAUGAAGAACCAAAAUACACUGUUGCACAAUUAGUCUCGGCAUUUAAUAAACAUCAAGAAGUUGCGUCAAAAACAAGCCUUGAGGCAAUUAUGACUGAGAAACGUGUAAACGAAGUCACUUUUCCAACUGGACCAAAAGCCCUAAGACUUUUCAUUCCCGACAUUAAUAUCACUGAAAGAAGUAUCGUUCGUCGUAAAACAAGUUAUAAACCACGAAAAAAUUGGGAGGAAUUAAGAAAACGUAGCGAAAAAAAUGAAGGUAUUUUAAAAGAUUUUGAUAAUGAUUCCGGUAAUGAGGACGAUGAUGAUGAUAUCGAUGCAAAUGAAACACAUCAAUGUGAAAUAGAGCAAAAUAAAAUCACUGAUCAAGUAACAAUGGAUCAAACAAAAAUUAAUAAUACAAAAACUGAUGAAACAAAAAUAAAUCAAACUAAAUUCAAAACUUAUAAUCAAUCAUGGCCCUUUGAGAGCAAUAAAAUUAAAAUCACAUCUGAUGAUUCAAAUUUUCUCGAGGAACCCGAAGUUCGAAAUACUCUUGACACAAGAAUUGAUGAAAAAUACAAACAAUGUGUCGAUGGUGUCAAAGCAACUAAAUUUGAAAAGACUGACAAAUUUGGUAAAACGGAAAAAUCAGAGAAAAUGGAAAAAUUAAAAAAUGAAAAAUCAGAAAAGACAGAAAAAGAAAAAAUAAAUCGUUUAGAAAAAGGACAAAAAACAUGUUCAAAAUCACCUCUUUAUCAAAAAGAGAGAAUAGCAAACUAUAUUUAUCCUGAAAUUCAAGCCACAUCACAUACUCGUAAAGAUGAUGAUCAUCGAAUUUUUAGUAAAUCAUCGUCAAAAUUCACCGAUAGCAGUGUGAAUCUCAAAGAUAUUUUACAAAAAAUUGACAAUUUUCAAACAACGCCAAAAGAAAAUUUAGAAAAUCUUCGUAAACGAACGACAAUUGCAAAAAUUAUUCUCAAUGAUAAUUUACCUGUUGAUAAUAAUGACACAAAUAAUAAUAAUGGCACAAAUCCAUCAUCUGGAAAUCGUCUCAAACAUGAUCAUCAUGAAGAAAAUAGUACAAAAUUAGACGUACCACCGUCAUUUGUCAGAUCAUCAUCAUUAUCAAGUGAAGGAAGUUGUCCAACGCCCUCGAGUGUUCAAUCAUUGGACAUUGGAAUGUCAUGGGAGGAUGUUCAUCAUGCAAAUACUCGUGGUUCAAGUACAUCACUUGAAAAAGACGAAGGUAAAAAUUCAAAACGAACAAUUCCAACAUUAUGGUCAACGGAUUUACAAAAAUCAGAUGUUCCUCCACGUUCAACUAUUGAGAUGAGAAGUCGUUCGAGUGCAAAUUUAGAGGAUAGAAAAAUUUGGGGUAAAGUUUGCACUGGUUCCUAUACACGUGCCAUGGAAAAAUUUAACGGUAAAGGUGCCGAUACAAAUCGAAAAUCUGGAUUAUUGUUAAACACCACAUCACAACAGUUGGAAAAAACACGACGAAAGAGUACUCCUGUCAUGCCACAAUUUGUCGAUUCUUAAAAAAAAAAGAAAAUUAAUAGAUUUCGAAAAAUUCCAUGAUUUUAUAGAAAUUUUGCCACCUUAAUAUCUCGAAGCUAAUUAAAAAUUCACUGGAUAAUCGCAAAUCACGAAGGUUUUAAUUAAAAUCUUUAGAUAAAAUUUUUUUUUUUUUUUGUGAAUACAAAUUGAAUCUAAAAUAAUUUUCAAUCGCGAUUAUCCAAGCUCAAAUAUCUUCGUCUUAGGUAAGUUAUUUCUUAAUAAUUAGUAUAUAUUAUAAAAAAUAUAUUAUAAGAAAGAAAAAUUAAGUUAGUUACCAGUUCAUAAAAAAAAAAUUAAAUUGUAAUCUCAAGAAUCGAAUAUGAGUAAUCAAUAAUUUAAAAAAUUAUUAUAAACAAGUAUGUUUAAUUUAAAUCAUUUGAGAAAUUUUUAUAAAUUUGAAUUAAAAUUUUUUUUUGAAUGUAUAAAAAAAUACGAAAUUUGAAUUAUUACUCAAGUGAUUACAUUAAAUAAGACAUAUUAUAUAUAAAUUAUAAUUAAUUGGACAUGAAAUGUAAUUCAAAACAACAUUCAUUGAGAUUAUAUAUGAAUUAUUUUUUUUAUAAUAUUAAAUUGUAUUUUACUUGUAAAUGCAUAAUUAUAGUUACGCUUUUUUUCAUCAUGAUCAAUCAUGAUAAUACGAGUGAUAUAUCAAUUCGUAUAAAUAAGAUUUUGCAUUAUGUGCUUUUAAAUAUAAACUAUUUUGUUUUUUUUUAAACUAAAUAUUUUUAAAUAUAUGUCUCAUAUGUAUGUUUACUUUUUUUGUAUUUUUAAACUCAGAAGUAUAAUUUUUAUUUUUUAAAAAUUCUUCAGGAAAACUCAAAGUGGAAUUUUUUAUCCUUGAAAAACACUUCUAUUAUAGAAGUUGACAAUAAUAAUCAUAUGAGAAUUAUAAUAGCUUCAAUUAAACUUAAAAGGCAUUCAUCAUUCUAUGUGUGUAAUUCCGACUCCAAAAACCAUUUUUAAUUAUAUAAAAUUUGCGAUUAAAGUUUCUUUUUUAAUUUCGCAGUAAAAUUUGAAAUUAAAACUUGUUAAAAAAUAUAUUUUAUUACAAUAAAUUUUAAAAAGGUUUUGUUUUUUGUAAAUGGAAAAAUAUCUAAUUAAACAUGCAAAAUGACUUUUCUCGCAAAUAAUUAUUUAACAUCUACGUAGUGUAAUUCCAUGAUCAUGGUCACUAUUCCAUAAAAAGAAAAAUAAAAUGAUUCGCAAGUUUCAAUAGACGCACGUGCGUUUUAUACAAGAACAAAGUAUAGCAUUGCAAAUAAAUGAAUGUCUAAAAUUCUCAAAUAUGUUUUAAAAAAUAAAAAAUAUUUUUCUGAGUUUUUUUUUUUUAAUUAUUAUUUCGCGCUAAUUGUAUCUUAUCCUGAUUAAGUAUUAAUAUCAAUAGUUGUAAAAUAAAGAUUACACACUGAUUGAAGAGAAAAAAAAUUGAAAUUUUGUCAUUUUAAAAAACAAAUGAAUGAUUUUUUUAUUAAUAUUGAUUUUUAGUAAAUUUUAAAUAUUAAAAAAAAAGAAUUUUUAAUUCAGUGUGUUUUCUCGAAGAACAGCGGAGCCCUAAAUAAAUAAUCAGUGGUUUACAUUGCGUAAAAAAAAGAAAUUGAAAAAAUCCAUUAAUUACUUACAGAAAUUAUUUUUUAUGUCAUUCAAAAAGCAAUGCAAAAAAUCUGGUUAUUUCUUUACUGGAUGCUGAUUUUUCGAAAAAAAAGUUGUAGAUAUAGUUUUUAAAUUGAUUUCAAACUCGUAUAAUAAGGUGUAAUUGUAAUAAUAAAAAUUAAUCAACUUUUCAACAAUGAUAAGUAUUCUAGAAAAUAAAAAAUAUCAAAAACAA